AGAAUCUCUUAGUAGACAAAGAAAUAAUAAAAGUUGGGGUAGAUCCUGCAGGAGAUGCUCAAAAAUUGCAAGAAGACAAUGGCAUUUACGUGGCUAGCACCUUCGACAUACGUUACUUGGCCGUUAUGCUUCGGUGUAAACCACUUAGUUUGGAAAAAUUGUCGCGAUCAUUGUUAAACGUUGAUUUUGUUAAGCGAUGGUAUAUAGCUAAGUCAAAUUGGGAAUUUGACAAGUUGGACCCUGAUCAAGUCGAAUACGCUGCUAAUGACGCUUUCGCGGGUAUAGAGAUUUUUAAGCAUUUGGCCAAUCGACUGAAGCCCAGGAAUUAUUGGAACUUCACAAACGCGGACUUUAUGGCAAUCAUGUCCGAAAUUCAAUACCUCUUGGACCGUGGUUUUUCCAAAGACACACCAAUAACGCUGUCACAAGAUAUUCCAAUAACGCGUUUACAGUUCUGUCCAUUGGUUAGCGAACCCCACUACUACAACGUUGCACUACUUUCCCAUAAAGAUUAUCUUCUUGCAGCGCCAAAUGGCCGACCUUUGUGUGUCGUGAGUAAAUCGAAAGGCAAAUGGUAUUUACAAGAAAGAUUAGGGGAGAAAAUAAAAUCGGAAGCAUUUACCAUACGUUUAUACAACCAACCGUUUGCUGAAGAAAAUGGUUAUUGGCUGACCUCUAAUCAACAUGAAUGCGUUGUCUGCGGGCAAAAAGAUGCUUUUGUUUCUAAAGAUGUGGUGCCGAGCGAAUAUCGUAUGCAUUUUCCAUUGAUAACCCAGUUUUUUACUUCAAGCGACGUCCUGCAUUUAUGCCCCAAAUGUAACGUUUCAGAUAUUAUAUCCGAUAUUAGAAUACGUACUGCAUUGAGCCAAAAGUGCGAUGCUCCUUACAGCUUUGACCAGGUCACAGAAGUAAAAACGGCUGCAGAAACACUAUUAACUGACGACAAUGCUAUAUCGACAGGAAAACGCAACCAUUUAAAAACUAUUUUGUCAACUCAUUUUGAAGAAGGCUACAUUGAUCACCAGAGGAUAGUUGAGGCGUCAAAUCAAUAUUCAGACUGGCCAGAGUACGAACACGGUGAAAAAGUAGUAAAUAAAUUUCAAACAGAAUUUGGAGGUUUAAAGGAAUUGGAAAUAUUUUGGAGGAAUAAUUUUGUUGCGGAUAUGAAACCGAAGAACUUACCAUCUUUUUGGAAUUGGCCGAUAGAUUGGAAGUACAAGCCUGAAGUGAUAAGGGUCGUUGCAUAGUUUAUCCGUUUAAGAAUAUGUAGGAGAGUUCUUAAAUUUUAUA